AGCGUCUAACGUUAAUUCCACCAGCUGACUCCACCUCGCCACAUAAACUGCCAAAGUAAGCGACCAGUUUUAAGCUAUCUACAAAGAUAUGGAUUUAUAUGGCAAGAUGGCUGUCGCUCAAGAUGGCAAACAGAAAGAGAGCUCUGAUCAGAACUUCGACUACAUGUUCAAGCUUUUAAUCAUUGGAAACAGCAGCGUGGGGAAGACAUCUUUUCUUUUCCGCUAUGCCGACGAUGCCUUCACAUCGGCCUUCGUCAGUACUGUGGGUAUCGACUUCAGAGUCAAAACCGUGUACAAGAACGACAAGAGUAUUAAACUACAGAUCUGGGACACAGCAGGACAGGAACGCUACAGAACCAUCACCACAGCCUAUUACCGAGGCGCCAUGGGCUUCAUCCUCAUGUACGACAUCACCAAUGAGGAGUCCUUCGCAGCUGUGCAGGACUGGUCGACCCAGAUUAAAACCUACUCCUGGGAGAAUUCCCAGGUGAUCCUGGUUGGAAACAAAUGUGACAUGGAGGAGGAGAGGAUCGUCUCUGUGGACAGUGGAAGACUGCUGGCUGAGCAGCUGGGUUUUGAGUUCUUUGAGACAAGUGCCAAGGACAACAUCAACGUCAAGCAGACCUUUGAGAGCUUGGUGGACAUUAUCUGUGAUAAGGUGGCUGACGGCCUUGAGACUGACCCUGCUGCAAGCACAGGAACACCUUCAACCAGACUGACUGACAACCUCGUACCCACCCAGCAGUCAGACUGUAGCUGCUAGCAUUACCGAUAGGCUGUGUAUGUGUGUUGCUCCUGUGCUGUUGCCAAUCUUCUGCAGCAUAAACACUCCAGGUGAAACUGAAGGCUGCCUGGAAGCAUUUACUAUUAAUUCUGGAAGAUUUUAGGGCAGCUUUCCAGAAUGAAGCCUAGACUAAGACUGGAUUUUUGAUGUGGAGUCUUGAGACUGAAUUUCUGUUUCUGGUGAAGCUGACCAGUGAGCAAGUAACUGUAAGGUACUGUGAAGUCGUGCCAAAAUAUCACUAUGAAACAUUGCCUGUCUGAUCUCUGAUAAGCCAUUCUGCCACUCUGCUGGCCUUAUGCACUGAAGUGUCUGUAAUUCUGGUAGUUUUCCAAAGCGGUGCAAUUCCCUUUACGUUUCCAUGUAGAGAAGAAGCCAUGGGCUGAAUCCAGCAGCUCUGUUUAUUCCCACUUGUCUCAGAGGAAUUAGUCAUGCAUGUACUGCUUUCUUUUUACCUGAUGCGCUGUAUGUGUAUGUAAUGAUUAAGCAUUGUCUUGUCUUAACCUACUGAAUGCAUACUGUCAUUUUUCUGAUGAGAUGAUUGUGGCACAGGUCAUAUUGUCAGAUAUCAGUGUGUGUAAUAAGAGCUGAUGAAUAAAUGUGGCCUGUAAAUUAAUACAUUUACCUUUUUCA